GACGUCUUUCGCCGUUCAAUGUGCGCUGUAUAUGUUAUUCUUAAACGAAGUAAAGUAAAGGAAGGCGGACUUAACCAUCCAUAUGAAUGAUGUCUGAUUCAAAUAAGAAAGACAGCGAGAAAGAACACGUGAAUGGUGACGAGAUGACAGAAGAAGACGCUAAAGAAUUUGCGGAGUUUCAUAAAAGCUUGGGAUUGGUGAGCACUUUUACGAAGCAAAUGGUCAAGCUGGCUAUCGAGCAGCUGAGACCAGAGUUUGAGAAGAUGGCUACAAAGGCAGCAGAACGAGCGGUCGACUCCGAGAUGAUGAAGGUUAAGGAGAUUCAAGACGAACUAAACCAAAAGGAAAAAGAACUUCAUCAACUCAAGUAUGAAAAGAAAAUGAUACUAACAAAGCUGGAGAAGGAGAAGCAACAGAACAUGAAGUCCCAACAAGCACUUGCAAACGUUGAGCAAAAGGAAAAAGAAAUACGAAAACUUGAAUGUGAUAUAUCCGCGUUAAAGCUAAAAUUACGAAAGAGAGCCGAAGAACUAAAACGAGAAAGAGAAAAGGCUUCGUACGAGGAAAGUAAGCGUCUAGAGUUGGAGAGUAGCCUUCAAAACGACAUAGACAAGCUUCGUAAGGAGCUUGAUAAAGUCAAAGGUCACCUUGGUCAAUUGCGUUCAGCUAAAAACAUUGGAGACGAGGAAACCAAGAAACUUAGAGAAAGAGAAAAACAACUUCUCGAAGAAAUUGAAGAAAUGAAAACGAGCGUAUCUCCGAGAAAGCGCAAAAUGACAAAAUGAAAUAACAGUCCGUAAUAUCACUUUAAGUAUAUUUACAUAUAGAUGUGUAGCUUUUGUUUGGCAUAUAACGACAUUUUGAUAGAAAAAUAAAAUUAAAUAUAAGAAUAUUUUAGUUUGUGAUACAAGCUGUUGCCUUUCGGAAAUCAGUAAAAACCUUUUCCCGCUAAUUUACAUAUAGUUCAGAUAAAAAGAACUUAAAUCCAUGGAAUAAUUUAUUGUUAUUCAGUUAAACAAAUCAACGUACUUAAACAAAUGAUAUUCGAAUAUUCAAAUGGCAGGCUGCAUAUAACUGCAUUUAUUUGAGGUCCGAAUAGCAUUUAUUGUAAAUAUUUGUUAUGCACGAUAAACGUUUAGUGCACACAUACACUGGCAAAUCUGUAUUGGCUAUGCGAUUGGUUAAGCUUUAUUACAUAAAUGUUUUUGUAGUUAUUGAUGUUAUAAGCGUGUGCAACAUUUUUUGGAAACAAGUUAUAUCAUGAAGGGUUUAAGUUCCCUAUUACUUGAGCUUCACCUGCAGCUUAAAUAGCAAAUUUAGGGCUUCUCUAGAUUUAUUAUUGUCAGGUUGUGCGAACAAAACAUUCCUUAAGUCGCCGCAGAGAAGCGUUACAUUUGUUUAUGUAAGUUAAAAUGUUAUAAGAAGUGGACUUACCAACGUUUUAAUAUAUAGAUGUGUAUGUGUGAAAUACGGGAUUUUUUGUGCUACACCCGUUGCUUUUUAUAGCAUGCAUAUGAAGGGUUUCCCUACAUUUAUUAUCGUCACGUAGUACGAACAGACAUUCAUAAAGUCGCCACAGAUAAGUGUUACAUUUGUAUAUCUUAGUUGGAUUGUCAUAAAAAGUGGAAUUAACAACGUUUACUAACUAGAUAUAAAUGUAUAUGUUUUAAAUACCGGAUUAUUUGUGCUACAUUUGGAGCUUUUAAAGCACGCAAAUGAAGGAUUUCUCUAGAUUUAUUAUUGUCACGUAGUACGAACAAACAUUUCGUAAGUCGCCACAGUGGAAGUGCAACAUUUGUGUAUAUAAGUUGCAUUGUCAUAAAAAGUGGAAUUAUCUAACGUGUAAUCACUAGAUAUAAAUGUAUAUGUUUCUUUUUCAAGUCGGAUUUUUUCUGUAUGUUUGUGAACAGUAGUUACUGCUUUUACGUUGCACUUUGUUUACAAUAUGUGAGGUGAUUGGUAAUGUAUCUUUAUUGUUCUUUGUGAUUCGUACCAUACUAGAAAAAACAUAAUUAUUUUUGAUGAGGCCUUGUCUUUUUUACAUAUGAAGUUCACCGUAAUCACAUUUUUUUUCGGAAGUACAUAUAAUUAUUUGUGUUUUUGGAAGUCUAAUGAUUCUUUGUGACUGUUGACUGUUGUGACUGUUGACCACUUUGCAUAGGAGUUUCGCUCUGUGAAAAGGGUUAGAUGCAUGUGCGUAAAGCGGAUAGCACAGGCUUAUCUUGGGCAACACUUUCUGCUUUCAUGUUGUUGUUUUUUUUCAAUAAAGUUUCCUCUUAGCGAAAAUCCAAUUGAGAGGAAAGUGUCGUCCGUGAUAGCCUGAGUUGACUGCACAGGCUAAUCUGGGACGACACUUUACGCCUAUGCAUUUAACUCCGUUUUCUCAGAGCGCGGAUUAUAUUGAUAAAACCCCAUAAGUUGCCUAAAUGCAAAUACUGAAUGACUCAUCGUUAGUGUACUCCUUAUUCCGCUUAGGCGGGAUGUACGCUGAAACAAAACAAUACUUAUUUAUUAAUUUUCAAAAAAAAUGCAUUAAACUGAAUUUUUAUUAAAAACGCUUGUCGGAAAUUUAAGGUCAGAAACUCAACCAUUCUUAACCAAACAGAUCUACAUGUACGCAAGUAUACAAAUCUAGGCAUGUACGCGUUAACGCAUGCAUGCAUACGUAAACGCAUGUGCAAAUGUAAGUAUCUGUUUAUGCAUGCAAGCAUACAUGUAUGUAGGUAUUCACGUAUUUGUAAACGCUAAUAUGAAUGUAAGUAUGUAUCUAAGUAUGUCCGUGGAAACGUAUGUAUGUGUGUAUAUAUGUACAUAAGUAGGUGUGCAUGUACGAAUGUAUGUAUGUACGCAUUUAAGAAUGUAUGAAAGAAAGUAUUUAUGUACGCAUAUAUGAAUGUAAGUAUGUAUGAACGUGAGUAAACAUGUAUGUAAGUCCCUACACGUGUACGAUUGCAUAUAUGUAUGCAGUACGUAAAUCUGUACGUAUGCACAUACGUAUGUACAUGUAUACGUGUAUGUACGUUCUUAAGUAUGCAAAAUCAUGCACGAAUGUGUAUGCAUACACGACUUUUUCUAUGUACAUGUCCGUAAAUAAUAUAUAUCAUUAAAGAUUGUUUAAAAUUAAUAAAUAUUUGUUAAUAAUAUUUGACGGUCAUUGGCUAAAAUUGAAACAUUUCACAUGACCUUGUUUUUAACUGAGCGUGGCACACUGUAUUUGUUUAAAUGCAUAAAAGUCAGUCGCUGUCUCGCUGAAACAGUGUACAUGUCCAAGUAAAACUGAAAGUAUCAUAUUAUAUUUUCAUGCCCCCGAAGGUGGGCAUAUAGUGAUCGCUUUUCCGUCCAUCUGUCUGUCUGUCUGUCUGUCCGUCACACUUUGCGUUUAUGUUUCGAAAAAUGCUCAUAACCUCUAUGUCGCUCCGGAUGUAACCUUAUUAUUUGGUAUGCAUGUGUAUAUGGACAAUGCAUUUCCAUACGCACACAAAUGUUUACCACUUUGACAUUAACCUUGAACUUAAGGCCCGCGCUUAGGUUUCGAAAUCUGCGUUUAGGUUUCGAUAACGCGUUUUCGGGGGCAUAUGUCAUCCUAUUGUGACAGCUCUUGUUUAAUAUGUAUUUGUUUUAAUGCAUCAGUUAGAAGCUGAAACAUUUCACAUUUCUCCGUGAUAAUUACAUAGCAGUGUCUGAAGUUAGCACAUUGAUAUUAGACGAAGCGCCUAUAUCGAUUCAUAUUUAAACAAUUUAUUAACAAUAUCCCUAUUAUUUAAUCAAACAUAACGAACCAUCGCCCAUUCAAACAUUAGUUCUUCUUGAAUGCUCUGAGCUUUUAUGAGUUCAUACGUACAGCUCUAUAAUUCUUCUUGUUAAAAUUAAAUUCAAUGUAAAAAAAUAAUGUCACACAUAUGUCCAUAAAAUCGAGUUAAAUCAACCUAAUACAUUGUUACAACCACAAAACCUGUUGCAAUCGACAUCAAUUUGCGUGUAUAUUGUUGAGAAAUGAUCUAGUUCUUCUUGAAUGCUCUGAGCUUUCAGAGUACAUACGUACAACUCAUAGUUCUUCUUGUUAAAAUUAAAUUCAAUGUAAGAAAAUAAUGUCUCACAUAUGUCCAUAAAAUCGAGUUAAAUGAACCUAAUACAUUGUUACAACCACAAUACCUGUUGCAAUCAACAUCAAUUUGCGUGUAUUUUGUUGAGAAAUGCUCAAAACAUUAACUUGAUAACAAAUCGUUCAUGGCGGAAGUUGUGAAUUGUCGAUUUUAGCAAAGCAAAAGAAAAGGUUACACUGCACAAAUUGUUUUCACUGUAGAAUCUGACGAUGUCUUGUGGUAGUAGUUGAAAUUGUAUUGCGCAUAACAGUGUACCGGUAGUUUGAAUUAUGACACAUUCUUAUUACUGUAUUCUCGCUGCGAUCGGAUAAGUGGCAGAGUCCGUGCUUUUAGAUACGGCAUUGUAUAAACAGUUAUUGCGCUGUAUGCUAAUUGAACUGAAAAUCCGGAAAAAAUCUGGAUGUAGUGUCGGGUGUUCUUACAUGCUUAGCAAGUCUACCGCCCUGUUAUGUACUAGUACUCUGCGGUACAUUGACAAAGGGAUUAACACGUGCGAAUGUCUUUGAUAAGGCAAUAGACCAUUUCAGAGCUGAUGAGGGUACUGAUUAUCGAAGGGUAGAUAAAGCUAUUACUGAAAGGGGUUGCCUAGAGAUAAGGCUGUAGUAUGGAAUACUUAAUAAAUAUUUUAUUUUUUCAUGCUAUAGAAUUUAGUACUUAAUUAAUUAACGAAAUGAAAUAAAUAUUAGCAUAAACGUAUAUAGAUGUAUGUCUACUUAUGUACAUAUUGUAAAGCUUGAUACUGUGUGUGAUUAUGAAAUAAAUAUUAAAAUAACA